UACUAAAUCAAUUGUCCAGAGCCCAAAUUCCUUGGCUGUCGGCUCCUUCCUCAGGCAGCCAGGUCUCGCUGCUUCUCCAACGAAACAUCAAUCAAGAGGCCCGACGACCACCGUCGACGAGGAGGCGAGAUGAUUCUGGCCGUGCUCUUCGCCAACUCCGACGGCAACAUCCUCAUCGAGCGGUUCCAUGGGGUCCCCCCGGAGGAGAGGCUCCACUGGCGCUCCUUCCUGGUGAAGCUCGGAUCCGAGAACCUCAAAGGCUCCAAGAACGAGGAGCUCCACGUUGCAUCCCACAAGUCGGUCUCUAUUGUUUAUACCACGAUUGGGGAUGUCUGCCUGUACAUUGUUGGCAAGGAUGAAUAUGACGAGCUUGCUUUGGCCGAGGUGAUAUUUGCAAUCACAUCAGCGGUGAAGGAUGUCUGUGGAAAACCUCCUUCUGAGCGCCUCUUCCUUGACAAAUACGGGAGGAUCUGCUUGUGCCUUGAUGAGAUUGUUUGGAAGGGUCUGCUUGAAAACACAGAGAAAGACAGAGUGCGGAGGUUGAUUAGACUAAAGCCCCCUGUUGAGCCAUGAUUUCCCUGUGUAUUUUAUGCAGUGUAUUGCUGUUAUUCAAAUCCAAUCCCAUGUACAUUUGUAGGCAAAAGUUCAGAGUUUGCCUCUCCCCUUUGUAUCUGCAAGACCAUCACUCGCUCAUCUGAGGCCUGUGUGCGACAUUUGCAAAAGAUAGCCUAUAAUCCUUAUAUUUGUUGUGUUGUAGCCUGAGUGAUACCGCAUUGCAUUUCUGCUACUGCUGUGGAUACUCUCUGGAUAUCUCCUUUAUACAUGAGGUUGCAGAUA